AGCGACACUCAGUGGCGUACUGCCUGCCGAGCUGACGGCACGUCCUUGCUCUGUCCGCGCGCGAACACAACGAAUUCAAACACGAUACACGCGUCUGCAAACACGAUCACACAACAUUCGCCGAUUGUAAAGUUUUUUGUUUCCUUCGUAAUUUCUUGCACCUUGCGGUUUUUAAUAUUUGUGUUUUCUAUGGCAAUAUUGUAAAUAGAUAUUAGAUUUCGUUAAAGACCAAAUAGACGUUGUUACCGUGAAAAGCUGCGAGCUGGUCGUAUCUAUUGUGAGUACAAUGUAUCGCUUUAACGCAGACUGGGUGCAAAGUGGACUAUGAGAAUAUCAAAGACAAUGCCUUCGAUAUUUCAUUCAGGGAACAAAUGCUGUUCAUGAGAUAUAAAACUGAACAAAAUGAUUUUGAAAAUCGGAGGGAAAUCACCUCCGGGUGCGAAGACCACUUCAGACAAAGAAGUAAAGAAAGAGGAGAAGAAAGAAACGAAGAAGAAAUGGGAGAAGUGUGAGGAGAGAUGUCCGGGGGACCCGUGGGCGUACUGUGUGGUGUUAUGGUGUGCGUGUGCCAUGAGCCUGAUCUCCAGCGGCUACAGCCUGUACAAGCAGCAGGCGCUCACGGAGCGGCUGUCGCUGCUGGAGGAGCAGCACCUGGCGUUGCGGAGCGCCGUGCUGGAGCCGCAGCAGCCGCUGGUGGAGCGCCUGCGGCGGGAGGUGCUGGCGCGCCCGCCCACGUACUGGCGGCCUCGCAGGAGCAUCCGCGACUACGGGGACUGCGGCUGUCCACCAGGUCCGCCAGGGCCGCCGGGCAAGCGAGGCAAGAAGGGCAAGAAGGGAGACCCGGGCGAGCCGGGACCACCGGGGUUAACGGGAGCUCCUGGGAAGAAUGGAUUCCCGGGUAGCAAGGGCGAGAAGGGCGAGCGAGGCUACAUGGGCCCUAUCGGCUUGGACGGACCUAAGGGAGACCCAGGCCGGCCCGGCGACAAGGGGCAGAAGGGUGAGCAUGGCAGCCCUGGCUUUGAUGUCUUCUCUGCCGUCAAGGGCGUGAAAAGAUCCGUGGACAGUUUUAAGAUUAGUCCAUACACGAGCGCCGAGAUCAUAGCCGUCAAGGGCGAGCCCGGAGAGCCUGGGCCUCCGGGGUCGCCGGGGCCGCAGGGAGCAGAGGGCCUGCCGGGCCAUGAAGGACGAGCGGGGCCUCCAGGGCCCUCCGGUCCUCCGGGACCCGCGGGCCCUGUCGGACCUCCAGGCCUUGUCGGUCCGCCUGGAUCACUGGGUCCCGCAGGACCAAAGGGUGACAAAGGUGACAAAGGCGAGCGAGGCUACACGACCACUCUGAAGGGCGACGCGUUCCCGACCGGCAUCAUCGAGGGCCCGCCCGGCCCGCCCGGCCCGCCCGGUCGCGACGGCGAGGCGGGGCCGCGCGGGCCGCCCGGCGCCGACGGCGCGCCCGGCCUGCCCGGCGUGCAGGGCCCGCCCGGCAAGCCGGGCGAGAUGGGUCCUAAAGGAACCAAGGGCGAGUAUGGAGAUAUGGGCUCCCCUGGCAUGCUGGGCGCGCCCGGCCUUCCUGGGCCGCCCGGCUACCCCGGCUUGAAGGGGGAGAAGGGCGACAAAGGCGACUCGAAGUACAGGAAGCUGAGGAGGCGGCAGAACUUGCAGGGAGAUGGCACCGGCUACGAGCUCUACGGACACGAAGUUAUGAUGGGCCCACCUGGCGCGCCGGGGCCCGCCGGGCCCCCGGGAGUGGCCGGUCCGCCCGGCAUCAAGGGCGACAAAGGCGAACCCGGCACGCGCGGGAAGUCGGGUGAAAAAGGAGAGAAGGGUGAUGCGGGCCCCAUGGGCCUUCCUGGGCCAGUGGGGCUGCCGGGAGAGCCGGGCCGGGCCGGAGACACGGGCUCUAGAGGCCCGCCCGGACUCGACGGCAUGAAGGGCGCGCAGGGCGAGCCGGGCUCGAAGGGCGAGCGCGGAGAUCCGGGACUGCCAGGAACUGACGGCAUUCCCGGACAAGAGGGCCCCAAGGGUGACAAGGGCUACAAGGGAGAACCCGUAAGUGCCGGAACGCCCAUCGCUGAUGUAUUGCACGGUGCGCGCGCCGGCCAGCCAGCAUGCGGCCGGCGCGCAGCUAACAAGCCGCUGUCGCAUGCCCUACUAACUGCAGUAGUCCGAUAUCUCGCGGUGCAGGGUCCGGUGGGCAAGCGCGGGCGCAAAGGUGAUAAAGGCGACAAGGGCGAGCAGGGCGUGCCCGGGCUGGACGCGCCGUGCCCGCUGGGGCCGGACGGGCUGCCGCUGCCCGGCUGCGGCUGGAGACCCACCAAGGAGGCGCCGCCGCAGGCGCCGCACCGCGAGGACGCGGGCGCGCCGCCCGACGACUCGGACGAGGAGGAGGGCGCGGAGGGCGCGGACGAGUACGAGGGCCGCGACGACGAGCUGGACGCGCCGCGCGACUACGACGACUACACCGACAACGCGCACCACUCGCACCACCACGACUGACCUGUGCCUCUCCCCUCUACUCUCUUUUCACACCUACUUGAGCUCCGUCAGUAUUGGACUGUAAAUAAUCCCCCCUCCCCCCUCUGUAACUAUUAACUACUAACAGCGCGGUGGUGGUGUAGAUGAACACUGAGAGGCCGCGCUGCAGUGGGCGCGGCGCCGCCUGCACGUCGAUAACGACCUGCCGCCGCUGUGACGCGCGACACGCCGCGCCGCACGCCGCGCACCACGGCGACACCGUGCUCGUCUGUGAAUGUGAAAUGAUUCUAUUCUUAAACAAACUGUAGUUAAAAAGACGCUUCUAUUUGCUAAUGUACUGUACAUAUGUGUAAAUGGAUUGUUUAAAAAUUAAGAUAUUUUAGAAAAUAAAUAGUCCAGAGAACCCACGCUGUGCGCCACGAGGGAAUAGAUUUCGUUAGAGCGCACACAACAGGGUAUACUGGGUGGACUCUCCUCCUGUACAUAGUAGUGUAGUGUAACGUGAUCACGUACAGUAACGAUAUUUAUUCCGUACUAGUUAAAUUGUGUAGAUAAUUGCGUCGUUUACGUGCGUUUUUUACGAAGACUUAAAUCUAUAUUAUAUCUUAUGUAUAUUUAGUAUAGACAAACAUUUUACCCGUACGCUAGUUAAAAUAGUAUAAGUCACUCGUGCAAAUUCUCAACAUUAGUCUGACAUGAAAUAAAACGCCAACACGGUUCACGCUGUGCAUGCCGCGUGUCGGCGCUGCGGCCGGCCACAGCCCGGUGUACUGCCUUCACGUGUUAUGGCGCUCAGGAGAUGCAUACAGCUUUCAAAACGAAUGCUUAAAUAAUUGUAGCUACAAAGUGUUAUAACAUUUAUACACUUGUAAAUAAUUUUAUUUUUUCAAAUAUUUUUUAAAUGAGUUCUUAAAUAUUCAGUUCGUGAGGUUUGUGAUAUCUCGUCACACGGUCCUGUCUAGACCUAUCCAUUUGUUUACUACCUCAAACAUCAAACGCUCGGCAGCAAUAAACAAAUAGACAAAGAUGAAUAUUAUGAAACAUACAAAUGUGACGAGUCAGCGACCAGCCGAGUGUCCGUCAAUGUCGGAGUACUGCCAGUGCCACGGCGUGUUGGUGACGGGCCACUGCACGGCCGCGCGACCCUGACUGAUAGAAGUACCUAUUAUUUUGUAAUAUCAUCCUUAAAUAGUUUAAUGUCGCCUGUAAAUAAUCAUUAGCUCAUUAGUGGAUAAUGUAGUGUCGUAGAGCCCAGGGUCGACUGGUACAGGGGGCCGCGAGCGACACUGCCGGCGCUGCCCUCUGCAGCUCGCACGACGUUGCAUUCAGUACCUGCCGUUCGUUGUACAUGAUAUUGCAUUAAGUGAGUGUGUGUUUUAUAUACGGUUCUUUAGUUGAUAAGUUCAUUCCCACAAGACAGUGACGAGCCAAGGUCCUCGCAAAUAACUUUCAGAAUAGCACUACUGAAGUGGUGAUAUGAUUCUGAUGAUUAUGAUGACAACAGCUUUGAUUCGGUCUAGUAUACCUACUCUAGAGAAGAGGUAGUAUUUUGUAAACGAUUGGGACAUUACAUAAUACAGCACUACCGCGCCGCACGUCGUCUCAGCGUGUUGUCAUCUCACGUCGUCUGCGCCGCAUGCGCAGGCGCGGCCGCUUCUACUAUACGUACUAAAAAGUAGCAUCUGUGCAGGCAUAUGUCGCGGCCUUCCAUGAUGUGGGCAACUUAAUUAGACCAGAUCCUUCAAUCGUCAACGUUUCACGAUUUUCUCAUACACAUUUGGCCAGACCAUAUAAAUAGAAUUAAUUUUCCACAAUGAAUAUUAUGGCGACCGUGUAUUAUGAGUAAUGUUUAUUACCAUUUUUACAUAAGCACUGUUCAAACAUAACCUAAUGUAUCCAAGUUGGAGUUGAUCAAGUCCCGUGCACAAUGAGGGUUACACACGGCCGUAACCCGCCGUACUGUGCCUGAGGAACGCUACGAGGCGGAGUAGCGUAGUCUGUGUCGACUGAUAUUGUAUCGGUAGUGAUGUACUGAGUAGUGACAUUUGCGUUAAUUAAAUAUUACUUUAUUGGUAUUAUAACCUUCGUGAAAUAUACUAAAUUAAUUAUCAUGUUUUUUAGCUUACUCUCGGUCACGUGAGUAAACUGGUAAACUGUUAAGUUUGACAAGGAUUUCGACAUGUUUCAAGCCACACCACGCUAGUUUCAGUAGCUGCCCGACAGUCGCCGUGUCGAAAAACAUAAUAAUUAAUUUAUUAUUUUCUUAAUAGAAGUUUGACUAAAAUGUUUUCUCGACAAAUGUGUAUAUGUAUAUGAGCAAUAACAUACCUAAUGAACGAAUACAAUCUAUACAUUGAAAA